AUGCGAAGGGCUUUCCGGAAUGGUCGCAUGAUGUGCAACGCGCUCUUUGGAGACCUGCUCAUUACUUUCAUUGCCUCCUUAACAACGAAUAUAUCGCAAUCUGCAAAUCCACAAACUUCAAUAAAACCGGUAUUCUCCUGGGUCAUCAACCAUGAGUUAACUGAAGAAAGUAACCCUCACUCGCGGGCUCAGAAACCUUUCCCUGAGUUGGCUUGGGAGGAUUGCACCAGAAUCGCUAAGAAGCGUCGCAACAGCCCAGACUUCCCUUUUCAUUAUAUAUCCACACCACGAUUAUUAUUAGCGACGGCAGAAAGGGGAUGA